ACGCAGUUCAAAUAUAAAUGUUGUAUCUGCAACACAUUGACUCACAGACACAGUUGAGGAAGAGCUGUUCAAAGAGCAAUUAAGGAAACUUUGAAGGCUGGGAAGAGGAGCUUAAUAAAUGGAUGCUUGCAGGCUUAAGAGUACAUCCUGCAUUGAAGACAGAUUCAGCUUUAAUGUGAAGCAACAGCAAAGGGAGAAGACAAUGGGGGAAGAAGAUGCAUUGAGAACUGUAGACUGUCUGAGAGGGAGAUUGCUAGCAGAAAGAGUUGCUUCAAAAAAUGCCAAAGAAGAAGCUCAACUUAUGGGAAACAAGGUGAUUGAGCUGGAGAAUAGGUUGAAAGAAGAAACUAAAUCAAGAAACAGAGCUGAAAAGAGGCUUAAAUUCCUAAUGAAGAAGCUUCAGUCCAUCAAUGUAUCAUUUGUAUCAGAUGAAUCAGAGAAUUCAUGUUUUACAGAGGGCAGUGAAGUUUCCUCUGCAUCAUACACAAUCUGUUCUUCCUCAAAUGACUUGGAAAAUAAGAUGCCCAGAAUCCAAACUCCAUGUUCUUCAGAAGGUGAUGAUUCUCCAGAACCAAUGGAGAAUGCUAAAUCAGACAAUAAUGAGAAUACUGAGGCUGAUGUGACCAACUUGAAGACUUCAGCAGAAGAGAAAGAGAUGAGCGAUUUGGAUCGAGAAGAGAAUGUGGAUAACUCGUUGGCAUUAGUACCUGUUGACUUACCAAAGCCGCCAAAGCAGACUAUUGAUCCAGCCGUUCUUGAUGCCACUGUAAGAGAUGUUCUUGAUUCUCUGAGGCACGCCAAAGAGAAACUUCAGAAUCAGAUGGAGAGAAGACGGAUGAUUAGAGUCGGGUAGAUAGGAAAAAACUAAAUGUAUCUGCUAAAAACAAACCAUGUUUCAUGGUAUGAGCAUUAGAAAAGGUUAGAGGACAGUGGUUGUUGAUGUUUUGUUGUUCUAUCAUAAUAAGUUAAGUCUCUAUAGCUGGUUCACCAAAGUAUAGUUCAGGUUUCUUGUUCAUAUCUUUCUUUGAAUUGAUUGCUAUGCUAAUAUGCUAUUGCAGAUUCAAUCACAUAGCCCACUCACACCCCUUGUGCCUUUCCAAUAUGAAUCUUUUAUGUUAACCUUUGGUGAUUAUAGGAUAAUGA